AUGGCUAGUGAGGAUAGUUUUCUAGUGCUAGUACACCAUAGAGGAUCGAUUAAGAGAAAAACUCGCUCUGGCGUGAAGUUCACUGAUAAGGAUCCUCUAUGUAUUGUCGUGAGUCCCUCGACCAGCUACGAUGCUCUCGUUAGCUCCGUGCUUGUCAAGCUUGGACUGGAAGGAGUGAAAAGGGUUGAGAAGUUUUUCUAUCGCAUUCCAACCACGGUUCUCCAUGAUACGGUGAAGUAUGAUUGUUUCACCAUCGGGAGUGACGAGGACUUGCAGGUCAUGUUUCUUUCUCGUAGGCAUUUUUCCGAGGUGAAGACACCAGAGCUGUUGGCAAAGUUGGUUGACGUGGUAUCAAGCUCGGGUGGGUCGAACCGCAAUGCCAAUAUUAUAGCCACGGUGGCCGGUUCAAGCUCGAGACCUGCGGUUGCUUCCUCCUCCAUUCCAGUGUAUGAGCCAGCGGUCCAGCCUGCCGCCUCCCCAUCGUUUGCUGUUGAUCUCAGCGGCAAUGUUGGAGACGAGGUUGGAUAUGGGGAACAUCUUCCGACCGACGUACGGUGUCCUACACCGGCUGGAGUGGGAGAGGGAUUGUUUGAUGAUGCAGAUGACGAUGAUGUCGAGCCGGAUCUUAUCGCCGAUGAAAGCGGCGAUGAUGUUGGAGCGGGCGAUCCGAUAAGGGCUACUGGUGGAUCUAGUUCUGGCACACAGCAGUAUCCACCCCAUUUUUCAUCUUUGGACCUGGAAGCCAUGAGACAGGAUGAUUAUCCUGGGCAGCUUGCUGGAUUUGGCGCCAGGGAUACGGAAGGGUCCGCCGGUAUGACAGAGUUCCAGGUUGGUCAACAAUUUCAGGACAAAGAUGAGGCGCUGUUGAGUAUGAAGACGUACAGCAUCCGCCGAGGGGUACAGUACAAGGUAGUUGAGUCUGACUAUCGAAGGUACGUGAGAAAGUGUUCAGAGUUUGGGAAUGGGUGCACAUGGUUGAUUCGGUUGAGUCUCCGGCAACGUAAGGGCAUCUGGGAAGUCAAGCGGUACAACGGACCGCACACCUGUCUCGCCACCUCCAUCUCCAACGACCAUAGGAGUUUGGACUACCAUGUCAUAGCGACAUUCAUUAUGCCAAUGGUUAGGGCUGACGCAUCAGUCAACAUCAAGGUGCUUCUGAAUGCCACGGCAGCACACUUUGGAUUCAGGCCUACGUAUAGGAGGGUGUGGAUGGCGAAGCAGAAGGCUGUUGCAAUCAUCUAUGGGGACUGGGAUGAGUCGACUUGCCCUGUUAGAGUUGGGGGACAGGAGGACGAGUCUCGGGCUUAUUUUCAUAGAUUGUUCUGGACUUUUCCCCCUUGUAUCGAGGCAUUUCGUCAUUGCAAGCCGUUGGUGAGUAUUGACGGCACCCAUCUAUAUGGCAAGUAUGGGGGAACGUUGCUUGUGGCAAUUGCGCAGGACGGGAAUUCCAACAUACUCCCUGUGGCAUUCGCACUAGUUGAGGGUGAGAAUGCUGAGUCAUGGUCCUUCUUUCUCACCCACCUCCGUCAGCACGUGACACCUCAGCCGGGAUUGUUGGUUAUUUCAGAUAGGCAUAACGGCAUCAAGACAGCACUUGAGGCGCCCGAUGGGGGAUGGCUACCUCCAGCUGCAUACCGGGCAUUCUGCAUUCGACACGUUGCAGCGGAUUUCGCCCUCACCUUCAAGGGGAAAGAUGCCCGGAGGCUUCUUGUGAACGCCACAUAUGCGAAGACCGAGGUAGAGUUUGAUUACUGGUUUGACAUUCUGUGGUCCGAGAACCCGGCAAUGUGUGACUGGGCGAACAGAAUUGAGUACUCCUUGUGGACACAAUACUGUGAUGAGGGUCGGAGAUUCGGGCACAUGACGACGAACAUAUCUGAGUGUGUGAAUUCUAUCCUGAAGGGGGUAAGGAACCUCCCCGUGUGCUCCCUGGUGAAGGCCACAUAUGGAAGGCUUGCGGAACUAUUUGUCCGUAAGGGUAGGGAGGCCCAAGCUCAGAUAGGUACCGGACAACAAUUUAGCCAGUACCUGGUCAAGUGUAUCGAGGCAAACCUGAAGACGGCAAGGUGCUUCACGGUGACUGUUUAUGACAGGGAUAACUCGGAGUACACCGUGGCUGAAACGACUCCUACAGGUUCGUUCUCUCUUGGUACCUACAGGGUCUCACUAGGGUCUCAGACUUGUGAUUGUGGAUACUUCCAGGCACUUCAUUUCCUGUGUCCUCACGCACUGGCAUGA